AUGUGUGCGGUCGGGGCCGCGGGAGUCGGUGUGCUGUGGGCGCUGCUGGUCGCUGUGGUGCCCGGCGGCGUGUCGGAGCUGGCCACGCUGGUCCAGGAGAGGGUGAAUCCCGAGUCCAGCCUGCUGAAGCCGAAGGUUAUGAUCGCCAUCGUGGCUCGCAACGCGGCGCACAGUCUGCCACACUACCUGGGCUGCAUCGAGAGGCUGGAGUACCCCAAGGAGCGCAUAGCGAUCUGGGCAGCAACAGACCAUAAUGGGGACAACACCACUGCCAUGUUGAGAGAAUGGCUGAAGAGCGCCCAGCACGUCUACCAUUAUGUGGAGUGGAGACCCAUGGAGGAGCCGAGGUCCUACACAGAUGAGUGGGGUCCGAAGCACUGGCCUCCUUCGAGGUUUAACCACGUGAUGAAGCUGAGGCAGGCGGCGCUGAAGUCUGCCAGAGAGCGCUGGGCUGACUACAUACUAUUUGUAGACAGUGACAACCUGCUGACAAACCCCCGUGUGCUCAACCUGCUGAUGGCCGAAAACUUGACCCUGGUGGCUCCCAUGUUAGAGUCGCGCUCGCUCUACUCCAACUUCUGGUGCGGCAUCACCCCGCAGGGCUACUACAAGAGAACCCCGGACUACCAGCCAAUCAGGGAGUGGAAGCGGCUCGGCUGUUACCCCGUUCCCAUGGUGCACAGCACGUAUUUAUUAGACUUGCGUCGCGAAUCCAGCAAGGACCUGGCCUUCUACCCUCCUCACCCGGACUACAGCUGGGCGUUUGACGACAUCAUGGUGUUUGCUUUCUCGGCACGUCAAGCAGGUGUGCAGAUGUAUGUGUGUAACAGAGAGCACUACGGUUUCCUGCCCGUCCCUCUCAAAGCUCAGCAGAACGUGGACGAUGAAAGCGAGAGUUUCAUACACACCAUCACGGAGGCUUUGAUCGACCACGACAUCGAGCCCUCUCAGCACCUGUACGCUCCACCAUUACUGCAGGACAAGAUAGGUUUUGAUGAGAUUUUCCUCAUCAACCUGAAGCGACGACUGGAAAGAAGAACCAGGAUGUUUAAAACAAUGACUGCACUGGGUCUGCACCCCACGCUGACAGACGCAGUGGACGGCAAGGCUCUCAAUUCGUCCCAGCUGCAGGCGCUGGGGAUCGAGAUGAUGCCGCACUACAAGGACCCAUACUCUGGUCGAGUCCUGACCAGGGGAGAGAUUGGUUGCUUCCUCAGCCAUCACUCUUUAUGGGUGCAGGUGCUUGAGCGUGGCCUCGACAGGGUGCUUGUUUUAGAGGACGACGUGAGGUUUGAGCCCAGGUUUAAGCGAAGGCUGCAGGCCAUCAUGGAGGACAUAGACAAAGCCCAGCUGGACUGGGACCUCAUCUACGUGGGGCGUAAGCGCAUGCAGGUGCAGCAGCCGGAGCAGUCCGUGGACGGUGUGAACAACCUGGUUGUGGCUGACUACUCCUACUGGACUCUCGGCUACGCGCUGUCACAGCAGGGAGCCAAGAAGUUGCUGGCUGCUGAUCCCUUCACAAGGAUGCUGCCCGUCGACGAGUUCCUGCCCGUCAUGUUCAACAAACACCCCAACACUGACUACAUGUCUUACUUUGAGCCACGGGACCUGAAGGCCUUCUCCGUGGAGCCGCUGCUCAUUUACCCCACCCACUACACCGGAGAGCCGGGCUACAUCAGCGACACAGAGACCUCAACCAUCUGGGACGACGAAGCUGUGGCCACGGACUGGGACCGGCAGCACGCCCGCAAGACGGCGCAGCAGGGCAGAAUCCACCAAGUGGCGCAGAACAGCGUCACUGGAGACUCGCCGCCUCCCGCUGCUCGAGCCUCGAGGGACGAACUCUGAUACCUGAGACUGAGAGAGAGAGACUUGACUGUGCCGUGUACACACAGUGAACGUCAUGUGUACACACACUUGAAAAGACACUUGAACACACACACAUACACAUAUUCUGGUGUCCGAAAGGAUAGCAGAGUUAAGAUGUCGAUCUGUACUCUGCGGCCAGAUGAAGGGACACCAAGGAGGAAGAGGAAGAGGAGGAGAAUCUGGGACGAGGGCCAGCAGGCCUACGACAAAAGCUUUAUUUAUUCCCAUUGUGCCUCCUCUGGGCAUGUGGAGACAGUUAUGGAGGAAACUUAAGCAACACAUGGACGAUAGCUAACAUUAUUUGCAGGACUUGAAACAAACAACAACAACAACAAAAAAAAAAUGCUCUCACAAAUCAAUUUUUAUUUUGUCUGAGAAGAUUAUUGUUAUUUAAAAAGAACAGAUGUUUUGUUUUUUUAAUUGACAGCUGAGGAAUAAAGGAAUCUUAAAGCUGUCUGA